CCGAAAAAGAAAGGAAAAAUAGAAUUAAAAGCAUCAAAGAGAGACGACGAAGCGUCCUCGAUUAUCACCGUGCGUCCUUUGCUAGCUUCGCUCUCUCUCAAAAACCCUAACUUCUCUGAGAUCGAUCGAACCUGAUAGCGCGCGAUAAUGGCGAAUAGUAAUCUUCCCCGAAGAAUCAUCAAGGAAACUCAGCGUCUACUUAGUGAGCCGGCUCCUGGGAUCAGUGCAUCUCCGUCAGAGGAAAAUAUGCGCUAUUUCAAUGUUAUGAUUCUUGGUCCUACACAAUCUCCUUAUGAAGGAGGAGUUUUCAAGUUGGAGCUCUUUUUGCCUGAAGAAUAUCCCAUGGCAGCUCCCAAGGUUAGGUUUCUCACCAAGAUAUACCAUCCUAACAUCGACAAGCUUGGAAGGAUCUGCCUUGACAUACUGAAAGACAAGUGGAGUCCUGCUCUACAAAUACGAACUGUGCUCUUGAGUAUUCAAGCUCUUCUAAGUGCACCCAACCCAGACGAUCCACUGUCUGAGAACAUAGCUAAACAUUGGAAGAGUAAUGAAGCAGAAGCUGUGGACACAGCUAAGGAGUGGACUCGUCUAUAUGCAAGUGGUGCUUGAUGAAGAUUGGAAACGGAGAAAGAUCAUUGUCAUUUAAAUAACAUUAUAUAUGGUGAAACUCUAUCUCAAGGUUUUAUCUGAAUCCUUUUUCUAAAACUAAGGAAAAAGAUUUGUACUCUCUGAAUCUGUAUAACUAGGGGGAUUUAAGACUCGUUUACCCAUAUUUGCAGUUUAUUUUUCUUUAAAUGUGCUUGCUUAAGCUUUGUUUGUGUUAAAGAUCUUCUCUAAUCUCUAAAACGCUGUGGAUAUCAGAUUUCACAGGUUGUGAAUGAAGGUAAA